GCAACGGAAAUGCUGUCACCGGGAAUACGUCACUUGCUCUGAGUUUUCCCGCGAAUCUGGUCUGGAGUCCUUUUGCGUUUUAUUCCUUGUAUGCUUUGCCAUAAAAACCCACAAUGUCAGGCGUUUACGAAUCUCCGAAGCCCAGAAUCAACGCGUCGCUGUUGUCUCAAUACAUCGGUCGAGCAGUCUGCUUCGUUGGACGCUUAGAAAAGGUGCAUCCAUCAGGAAAGGCUCUUACUCUGUCAGAUGGAGAAGGAAAGUCUGCCUCAGUGGAGCUCAGUGAUCCACUGGACGAAGAGCUGAGUGGGGUUGUGGAGGUUAUUGGGACGGUGUCGAACAAAGGGACAGUUAUGGCUGUUUCAUAUACUCCGUAUCGAGAGGACAAAACCUCUUUCGAUCUGGAGCUGUACAACGAAGGUCUGAAAGUUCUCCAUGAUUUUCCCCAGCAUUACCCAUUCGAGGUGUCUUUAAGUGGCUAAACCGCACUCAUUUAUUUGCCUUUUACAGUUUCUGGAUGAUUGGAUAUUUACUGUGUUUGUAAACUAUUGUUCUGUUAUUGUUACUUGAAAUAAAUCACAUUAUUGACCAUA